AUGGAGAAGGAGUUGCUUCCCUUUCCUCUCCUGCCAUGGCUCCUCCUCACAUGCUUCUCUCCAUUCUUUGUUCAUUCUAUGGAAUUGAGUACCUCUGCAUGCUCAAGUUCCAACAUCUCUAUCCCUUAUCCUUUUGGUGUCCAUGGCCAGAGCCCCUCCCCAGCUCAAGGGUUCGAGAUCAAUUGUACUUCAUCUGGCCCUAGGCUUCCCAUAGGCAACAACUCAAUUAGUAUUCUCAACAUCUCCCUGCUGGAUGGUUAUGUGACCAUCCUGGCUAGUGCCGCUUCCCGUUCCCCGCAGUGCAGAGGGAACUUUGCUAGCUUCAGCCUUGAGGGGACAAACUUCACCUUCUCCGAUACAAGGAACAAGUUCACCGCUGUCGGCUGUAAUAUGGUGGCCAUGCUGGUGAAUGGUACCAGUGGUGGUUACAGCGGUGGCUGCGCUUCUUUUUGCUCUAAUAAUAGCAUCGUCGAUGGUGCUUGCUCUGGUGUGGCUUGCUGCCAAGCACCGGUGCCAAAGGGGUUGAAGAAGCUGUAUUCAGAUUUCACAAACAUAAACAUAACUGCCAGCCUCAGCAAGUAUACUUCAGCAUGUGCUGAGGCGUUCAUCGUGGAGCAGAACUCCUAUGCUUUCGCUACUGCUGACCUGAAGAUCCUGAACAACUCAAAUAAAAGCCCUCCUCAAUACCGGCAUGUUGUUCUUGAGUGGUCCAUAGAUGGUGGCAGCUGUGAGGAGGCAAGCCGCUCUGCAUCAUAUGCUUGCAAGGAGAAUUCUUACUGCUAUAACUCGUCUAAUGGGAUUGGAUAUCGCUGCAAUUGUACCAACGGGUUUCAGGGGAACCCAUACCUGCAAGGGCCUGGUGGAUGCCAAGUUUUUGUUUUCCAGCUUAAUAAUCGGCAAGAACUACCCAUAUCUGAUAUCUGUUUGGUUCCAUGUGACUGUCGGCAAGAUAUCGAUGAGUGCUUCCUUGGAAAUCCAUGCACACAUAGCUGCAUCAACGUGAAGGGCGGUUUCAACUGUACUUGCCCAUCAGGGAUGAGUGUUGUGGGACUAGCUCUGCUACUGCUUCUCCUUGUUUUCAGUUUCUGGACUCACUGUCUUGUUAAGAGGAGAAAGCUUGCGAAGAAAAGACAGAGAUAUUUUAUGCAGAAUGGUGGUGUCUUACUGAAGCAGCAGAUGCUUUCUCGGAAGGCACCGCUGCGGAUAUUUACCUCAGGUGAGCUUGACAAGGCAACCAACAAAUUCAGCGAUAACAAUGUUGUUGGCAGAGGUGGAUUCGGGACAGUCUACAAAGGUAUAUUAUCAGAUCAAACGGUUGUAGCAGUCAAAAGGUCGCAGCGGGUUGAUCAGAGCCAGGUGGAGCAAUUCGUGAAUGAGCUGGUCAUUCUUUCACAAGUGACCCACAAGAAUGUGGUUCAGCUACUAGGCUGCUGUCUCGAGGCAGAAGUUCCCUUAUUGGUCUAUGAAUUUAUCACCAACGGGGCCCUUUUUCAUCAUCUUCACAAUACAUCAAUCCCGAUGUCGUGGGAGGACCGCCUGAGGAUUGCAGUUGAAACUGCAUCGGCACUUGCAUAUUUGCACCUAGCUGCAAAGACGCCAAUCGUCCACAGAGACGUCAAGUCAUCGAACAUACUUCUUGACACAAGCUUCACCGCAAAGGUGUCCGAUUUCGGCGCGUCAAGGCCGAUACCCCGCGAUCAGACCCAUGUGACGACCUUGGUGCAGGGCACACUAGGGUACAUGGACCCUGAGUACUUCCAGACAAGCCAGCUGACCGAGAAAAGCGACGUCUACAGCUUCGGUGUGGUGCUCAUCGAGCUACUGACAAGGGAGAAACCAAUAUGUGGCGGACAGAUGGACGAGGUGAGAAGCCUAGCGAUGCAUUUUAGCACGAUGUUCCAUCAGAACCAGUUGCUGAAGAUUGUAGACUCUCAAGUGGCCGAGGAAGCUGGAAUGCGGCAUGUCAAAACGGUCUCGCAGCUGGCUUUGCGAUGCUUGAGGCUGAGAGGUGAAGAGAGGCCGAGGAUGAUUGAGGUUGCGGUUGAACUUGAAGCGCUGAGAAGACUGAUGAAACAACACUCUGUUCUGAAGAGUGAAGAAGAAGAGCCUCUACUUCCUCUGCUUCGAGACUUGAGCUGCCGCGGGGAGAUGAAUUUCGAUGCGCAGUUGAGUUCGAGCCAUGAUGGAAUUGCCAAGGAUGAAAGUAUGGAGAUCAUUCUACUCCCGUCCGGCGACCUCUCAUGUUAG